AUGGAUAAUGAAAUCUGGGAAGAAUGGGGCAUACGUGUUGAUGGUAAACUUCUCUCGAACCUUCGUUUCGCGGACGACAUCGUCCUCUUUUCAAGCAGUACCAACGAAGCAGAAACGAUGCUCAACGAAUUGAACAAAGCAGGGAAGAGAAUAGAACUGCGAAUAAACAGAAAGAAGAACCUCGGACGUCCUAUGAACAUGGAAAAAUACUUGAAAGAAGAACUGAAUAGAAGAAAGAGAGCAGCAUGGGCAGCAGUCGCAACUGUCAGGGAAGCUACGGACCAACUGACGGACCAAGAUCUUUGUGCCCGUCUGUUCGACUCGACAGUACUUCCAGCGCUGUUACGCAGCGGCGACUAG